AGGCCAAUCCGAUUACUUUCCCUUAGUGAGUUGUGGCUGUUGGAGAAUGUGGAGAUUUGUAGUUGCACUAAGCCCCAGCUGAAUAUUACUGAGCCGGUGCUGCUGGGAGUGACUCCCAUUCACUCACAUUAUGACGAGUUGUUAUAAGAAGUAUAUUGGCUGGAGCUGCCAUGCUGAGUGUUGGGACAGACUCUGUCUGGGGCCAUAAGGAGCCAAUACACUGGAUUUGACCAGGUCCCAGCUCUCGGCCCCUGUGUGGUGCAGCCUGAUGGCCCAUCGCUCGCAGAGCUCCUCGCAGGGGGAUAAUCCCCUGGAUCCCAAUUACCUGCCCCCGCACUAUAAGGAGUAUUACCGGAUCGCUAUUGAUGUUCUGGCGGAGAGGGGCCCCGAGGACUACGAGCAGUUCCUUAUAGAGGAGGGGGUCCCGGACUUUCUGUGCCCCUCUGAGGUUGAACAUAUCACCAAGUGUUUUCAGAGACCCCCCGAGUGCAGUCAGGAGAACCAGUACCCCGACAAUGUGUACAGCACUCAGGAAGAGGCCGACGGCUCCUCAGGGACUUACUGGCCAAUGGAGUCGGACACUGCGGCCCCAGAGCUGGAUCUCGGCUGGCCCACCAUCUAUGGCUUCCAGGGCACAGAAGUGACCACCUUAGUACACCCCCCGUCCCCCGACAACCCAACUAUCAAAGAGGAAAUACGAAGGAUGAUCAGAUCUGCCCAGCAGGUAAUUGGGAUUGUCAUGGACAUAUUUACAGAUGCCGAUAUCCUAAGCGAACUGCUCGACGCUGCCAACCGCCGCAUCCCUGUCUACAUCAUUCUCGACCAGAUGAACUGCCAGCUUUUCCUAGAUAUGGCUGCCAAAUGCCGGGUCAAUCUCAACUAUGUGGAGUUCCUCAGGGUACGGACAGUCCCAGGCCCCACCUACUUCUGCAGGAAUGGAACCACCUUCAAGGGGAAUCUUCAGGAGAAGUUUCUGCUGGUGGACUGUACCGUGGUGCUGAGUGGCACUUACAGCUUCAUGUGGUCCUUUGAAAAGAUACAUCGCAGCAUCGCUCACAUCUUCCAAGGGGAACUGGUCUCUAGUUUUGAUGAGGAAUUUCGGAUCCUGUUUGCCCAGUCUGACCCACUUAUUCCUUCUGAGAGUGCCCUGGCAAUGAUGGACAAGUCAUACAUGGGAAUGGUACCAUUUGCCGGACCCCGGCCCAUGUUCGACAGGAAGCUUCACUUCAUGUAUCCCAGAGAAGAGAAUCCUUCACAGCCAUUCCCUUCUUUUGGCGUCGACCCCGAUCGUCAUUACUUUCAGUCUUUCAGAAGGGAAGACAUGAUGAGGCAGAACAUGGACCCCGCAGGCAUGCGGAUGUAUGCCAAGAACUUUGGUGAUCCGAUGGAGAAAAUGCAGAUGUCGUUUAUACAGAACAAGCAGCUGGAGGCCCUGGAGGCCUAUAAGAGACACAGCUUUGCAGAAGGAACAUUUGAGAAUUAUACCUCCUCCAGGCAGUAUAGUAGUAGGCAAAUGCUCAUGAACAACAACAAUAAUGAUGAGUACAGAUUUCAGUCAAGCCAAGUCCAGAAGAGCCAAUUCAUGCAGUUCCAGAGUCCACUUGCCACCACACGGCCUCAGGGACUGUUUGAGAAGAUCAGAGGUGGCCGGCAGGGUUUGCAAGAGAUGGAUGAGUUUGACUCUCGUUAUCCAAACAAGGGUUUGCCAGGGGAAAGUCAUUUUGCACUUGAAGGACCUCCCAUGAGGCCCGGUUAUAACCCUUCCAAUUCAUCUAGAGAAGUGAAGCAUGGAUCAGACCAGGCCGUGAUUGGUGGAGAAGGAAGGUUUGGCCAAAGAUCUCUGGGACGACAGAAAUUUGUGUGUCAGAUAUCUCCCACCCAAAAACAGGGAAUGGAGCAAAAGCACUUUUUCCACGACCAAGAUGCAGAUAAAAAGCCUCCAGAAAACAAGCAAGGCUUACGGAGCUGGAGAAUUUCCUCGUAUCUCAGUGGCAUUCAGUCAGACCAAGAUGAAGAGGGCCUGCAAAUUCCUUUAGAACCAGAACUAUACGAUGAUGCCCUGGUACCCGUGGAAAGGGCAGUGCCAGCUAGUGAAACCCUUUUGAAAUACUCCACGGACCCAAUGCAACCAUACAAGUCCAGUUUAGUGCCACACGAUGUGCCUUUUGACAGAUCCAAUGAGAAUUUCAUGAAGUACUCGAUGGAUCCAGUUCAGCUGCACAAACCCAGUGUUCCUUCACAAGAUGUGCCUAUGAUCUUAGAAAGAGCGGGUGCUGGAAACGAGAGUCUCAUGAAGUACUCCGUCAAUCCAAUACCACCUUUCAAGUCCAGCAAUGAUGUGCCUACGCUGUUUGAGCGAAUAGUUCCUGCGAUUGAGAAUCUAUCAAAAUAUUCUCUUGAACCAAUCCCGCCAUAUAAGAAUUUUGGAUCUACGGGAGAACUGUCGGUAGAAAAACCCAAGGAAACCCCCCCUGCAGAGAAAGAGAAGGAAGAAGCCUUGUUAUCUAGACAUGAUUCAUUUAGAACCAGGACAAACCCACUUAUCCAGAGGGGCUCUCGUCUGAGAUCCUCACUCAUCUUUAGUAGUUCCAAAUUAGAGCAGCACACUUCCACCACAGAGUCCAUCCAGGAGAUGCAGCAAGCCCAAAGUACCAGUGAGGUUGUCAGCGAAAAUGAAACUGAAAAGACCACGUCUAGAGUGGCCGAGAUCCUUCAGAAAUACAGAGGGGUCAGCAGGGACUCUAACAGCACCACAAUGACUCAAGCCAAGGCUGCUAGCAGAACCAUCCAUGAGGAGUCCGAGGAUGGACAGUGCACUAGCACAGAAGCGGUGGCCUAUAAGGCAGUAGAAUCCGCCAUCGAUAAAAAUGGUUCUGUAAGCCGCAUGCAACAAGAGUCUCAGUAUAAAUCUGUAGCCACUUCUCACCUGGAAGGACUUUUAAGCAAAGAGCAGCAGAGCUUUUCCAUGAGUAAGGUUGAACAGGUGACGUCCUCUAUCCAAACCAUAGGGAACAUCUCAUCUGCUCUUCCCGAAAGAAAUGAGAGUGGACCUACUGUAACAGAACCCGUAGAAGAACAUAAACAAAGCUCCAUCAGCCACAUGCAACAAGAGUCUCAUUACAAGUCUGUAGUCACCUCCCAACUGGACGGUCUGUUAAACAGAGACCACCAGGUCAUUUCCAUGAGUAAAGUUGAACAGAAGACUUCCUCUGUCCAAACCAUAGGGAACAUCUCCCCUGCUCCUCCUGAAAAUAGGGAAAGCGGACCUACUAUAACAGAGCUCACAGAGGUGCCACAGACUCCAGAAAAUGCACCAAUCAGAUCCAAUUCUAGUUUCCAUUUUGGGAGUGCUCUAGAAAGUAUGUCCCAGAACCCAACUCCUUCCAGCUCCUUAAAUAAAUCAGAGGAGGACCUGGCCAAAACAGACCAGAACUUCCUCCGCAAAGGUUCAAUAAGGUUGAAACAAUUUUUGCAAUCCAAGGCAGAGAAAAAGGCAGAAGAAGACCUCGCUUCAGAUAACGCCAAGGUGGAGAAGCAGCACAGCACCCUCAGGCGUCUUUCCAAAUCUGAUAAUCAGGAGCUGGCACCCACCACGGACCCAGAGGAAAAGUCAACAAAAUCCUUAUCAGUAUCUCCUCCAAAGUCCUCCUUAACUUCUCAGAGCCGACUGUCAUCUUCCACAUCCAAUGUUAUCUUCAGCAGCAAUCUCCGAGAUGACACCAAGGUUAUUCUAGAGCAGAUUUCUGCCAACAGCCAGAAGAACCGGGCCGAGAUGGUGAAACAGGCGCAACAGAUCCAGGCCACCAGUGAUCCAGACACCACAACGACCAACACUGAAAGCAAAACCGAGGGAACCUCCAAUGCCGACACGUCAGCCUUAAACAGGACUGGCAGCUUCCUCAGCCGAAGUCGCUUCUCCAGGCCGUCAUUGAGCUCCUCCGAGGACAGAGACAACCUGCUGAAGCGCAUGGAGAGCAUCCGCAAGGAGAAACGCGUCUACAGUCGGUUUGAGGUUUUCUGCAAGAAGGACGAUCAGCCGAGCCACGCCGAGGAGAAUGACGAUGCAGACUCCAAAGAUAAGAAAGUUGGAAAAAUUAUUCCUAAACUACUGGGAAACUUGAUUAAGAAAUAACCUCCGGCACAGAAUUUGCUGUGUUUGCCCAAGUGCCACCUUAUUUAAACAUUCCCACAUUUUUACCCCCUGCCACUUCCCAGAGAGCUACAUUCUAUACGCCAGCAACAGGUCAUGUACUAAACAUGCUGAGAGAGACUCCGCCUACACUACAUGUAUUAUUGUCCCAGGGGCCACAUUCUCUAUCAUCUGAUGAUCUGUGUGUGACAGGGAUACUCCCUUCAGGGACCAACAGAAAAGCCAUUGUCUACUUGCCCCAACGAGGGGCAAAAUCCCUCACACCCCACAUGCCCCAACAGGGGGCAGUAUCACGUGCAGAGUCUGUUGUUUAUUGGUCGGCUACUUAAAGGCCACUAAUUCCCCUGCCUACAGCAUGGACAGAAGCCGUUCAUUUUCACCCCAGUGAAUGUAUUAUUUGCCCCAGUGGGAAAUUAAAGGGAAACUUGUACAUUUAGCCACUGAUUUGCUAUAACAUUGGUGCUAAAUUGCACGAGUACAGUUGCCAGUAGCAACAAAUCAGCAGUCGGUUUUGAUCAAGUUAGAGAAUGAAAGUAAAUAUCUGAUUGGUUGCUAUGGGUAACUGCACGUUUGUUAGUACAUAAGCCAUUCUGUGAGAUGGAAAUACUCCUGGCAACCUUGUUUUAGUUAUUUUCUGUGGUUUUUGCACGAUUUUCCUUUUUGACCUUACAGUGUGGUUGCUAGGGCUAGUUACUGUGACGAUGAGGCUACUUGCCAUUGCUCCUGUUUGUGUCCAUACCCUCCCCCAUUCAUCUUCCAUCUUGACUUCCAGUAUCAAUGGCAACUUGUUUGGUGACUGAGCCCAGCAGCCCGUGUAAGGGCUGUAAAUGCCAAACUGGGGGCUGCAGAACAGAAAAUGGAAAUGAUUCAGAAACCCCCAAAAUAACAAUGAAAAGACUGAAAUGAUCAUGUUGUGCACCCCAGUUCUUUAUCCAGAGUCACAAUGUCCCUGGACUUUGUCUGUUAUACGUUAUAUAUUUCUGCUGGGGGUAAAUACAAAAGCCCUUGUGUAACUCUGAGCAACAGGGAAUGCUGGGAUUUGUAGUCUGGCAUCAGCUUUAUAGUCAACAAAUGAAGCCUGUGGCCACUGACCUUUCUCCCAGUUUAUUUCCCCAGUGGCCUCGGGUAUUUCAUUGCUCCGCUGGCCCUCAGCUUGGCAUCACAUGGCAUCACAUGGCAUCACAUGGCAUCACAUGGCAUCACAUGGCAUCACAUGGCACCAAGCCUUCAUUUAAUGACACUGAACUCUAUGCAGAGUCAGUAGGGACUGAUACACCUUUGCUAUUGGUCAGUUACAACUCCCAGCAUUCUCUUCGAUCUCUAAUAGGCAGAAGUGCCCAAUACAGUGCCACAAUAUAAUGCGAAGAUGCCAACUUUCCUUUUUGUCCACUUGGCAUGAAACCUAUUGAACUCUGUACUGCCAGUCCCUGGGCUGCUCUCUUUCCCAUGGUCAGUAAAGGGGGUGUGGCUUGUUCCUGACUAAGAAGUCCAUUGGGCAUUUCUAUUCCCAUUUUAUGGAUCUCUAAAGGGAGACGGAGAUCAGGACAUGAUGAAAAGCCUCAGAGACAGUCACUUCAGUUGCACCCAAGCACCGCCCCCUAAUCUGGCAGUGAGUAAGAGAGCAGCCCACAAACUGGCACUUUAGAAAAUCUAAGCUCUAUAUCCGAAUAAGUACCGGGGAGAUGUUGGACUCACCCAGGGAGUGGGGUUAAUGCAGAUGUGCCAUCCUAAGUGCCCUUAUUCUUUAUAGAACCCCUAUAAAUUGUGCUCAGAUGAGCGACUGACCCCCCCCCCAAAUCCUCAGUGUGGAAUGUUCUGUCUGACACUGGAUUGGUGCAAAGUUGGGAUGUUCCUGGAAGGUCUCACUGUUCCUCAGCAGAGGGGGGUGUUCCAGAAACAUGAGGGAAUGGAAGGGAGGCGGGGCUUUGAAUUGAUCCAUUUGUGCCUGAUUAACCGAUUGCUCCCCGAGUGUCCCUGUCUCAUUCUAAUAUGAAUUUAUUGUCUUUCCUCUGGAGACAGAAGGACAAUGGUUUUCAUUGGUCAGAUUGUAACGAUGGAAUCAUGUGGCCUGGGGGGUCAUUUAGUUACAGAACUCUUUAGAAUUUGUUUUAUUAAUGACUUCACUGGUCACAUGACAGCGGCGUUUGCUACAGUCUUGGCAAUGAAAGGGUUACACAUUUAAAGGGAAAGUAGGUACCUGUGAAUUGAGUUAUUAUAUGAGAAUUCUUAUUAUAGACGGCCAGUGCCAUUUGUCUGCGUAUUUGGUGUAUUUAAAUGAGUGGGUGUGGCCAUAUUGGUUCCUGUACAUAUUGGGCCAAAUACACCCGAGGGGGGUCCUGCCAAAAACUGUUUAUAAAAACGCAGCGUCUGUCUUUUUGUGUUUUCCAGUUGUGACUCUUGAAACAAUGUAGCAGAAGUCAGAUCAUUGGGCUCUUUACUAUGAGCUGCACUUUACCAGCCGGAGCCCCUAGGCCCGACCCACCCGCUCACCCCGCGAGCUCCACUCUCCCCCCUGGACCCGCCCUCUGUGUGUCGCUAGGAAUUAGGGAGAAGAUGGAGCCGGAUGGGGGGGUCGGCCAGACUUUCUACAAAUCCGCCAGUUUCCCAAGGGCAACAAAUUAACCAGCGUGUCACUUUAAGGGCUGAAUUGACCCCAUGAAUCUGCCCAUUUAACCCUUUCCCUGUACUUGAGUCCAAGGCUUGACGCCACCCUGGGAUGCUGGGAGUUGCCUGCAAUAGAUACACGACUAGUCACUACACUGAGCUUUUUAGUCUGGGGCUACUGACAUGGGCCUGGGGGCAAGUCUAAUGCAUAAAUUCUAUUUUUAUGGUGAAAGAGCAAAAUAUUGACAAUUUUAAAGCUGUUUUUUAACAAUAAAACCAAAAUUUUAAACGAAA